AUGCCAAUCAUUACAAGUUCAAAUGUUACUACAUCCACAUUGGAAAAUGGUAAUAUUUUAAAAAAAAUUAAUAAAACCCCAAUUAAAAAGAAAAUGGCAACAACAACAAACAGUGAUACAAUAUCACCAAUUGAAAAAUUAAAACAAAAAAAUAAAUUAAUAAAGAGUCAACAACUACAACAACAACAAUCAACUCAACAAACAAUUGGAGAAACUAUGCAAAAUAUUCUAUAUAAAAAACAAAAUUUAAUAGAAAAUAAAGAUAAAGAUGAUGAUGAAAAUGAACAAGAUAAUAAUAAUAAUGAACAAGAUAAUAAAUUAAAAAAAAAACAAGAUAAAAUUAAAAAUAAAGAAGAGAUUGAAAAACUUAAUAUUAAAAAGAAACAAGUUAAUUCAGCCAUUUCAAACGAAGCAAAACCAUUAUUUCAUAGAAUGAUUAAAUUUAAAGAAGCAGAGAUUCAAGAUGAUUCAAAUGAUCAAUUGAAAAAUAAGUAUAAACCAAUUAAUAAAUUAAAUGAUAGUGCAUCAAAGAAAUUAGCAGAUUUGGCAAAAGCAAAGAGUGAAGCUAAAAAGAAAGAGAAAGAGGGAGGCGAGGAAGAGGAAGAUGAUGAUAAUAUUUUAGCAAAACCUAAAAAAGUUUUAUUUAGUGUUGACCAAUUGUCCAAGCUCAUGGAAUGGAAAUCAGUUCAACGUAUUGGUAGUGGUUUAAAUAAUGUUGGUAAUACAUGUUUCAUGAAUUCAGUAUUACAAUGCUUGACAUACACUGUGCCAUUGGCCAAUUUCAUGAUGUCACGUGAACACUCAAGACAGUGUCAGGCUAGUGGGUUUUGUAUAUUUUGUAGUUUAGAAACUCAGGUUCUACAAAGCCAUAAAUGUGGUGGUAAGAGUAUCACACCAAAGGAGAUUGCUUCAAAUAUUAGGAAAAUAGCACCAACAUUUAGAAUUGGUCGUCAAGAAGAUUCUCAUGAAUUUAUUAGAUUCAUGAUUGAGUCAUUGCAAAAGGUUAGUUUAUCAAAGUAUCCAAAAGGCUCAAUAAAUCAUCGUGAUGCAAUGACCACUGUUAUUGGUAGUAUUUUCGGUGGUUAUUUACGAUCACAAGUUAAAUGUUCACAAUGUCAAUAUGAAUCAAAUACAUAUGAUCCAUUCAUGGAUUUAUGUGUUGAUAUUAAUCAAGCAGAUUCUCUAACUAAAGGUUUAACAAAUUUCGUUAAAUCUGAACUAUUGGAUGGUUCAAAUAAAUAUAAAUGUUCAAAAUGUAAAAAAUUAGUUAAAGCUCAAAAACGUUUACAAAUUCAUAUAGCUCCUCCAAUUUUAACUUGUCAAAUUAAACGUUUUAGUUUCUUAGGUUCUUAUGGUGGUAAAAUUAAUAGACAAAUUCAAUUUGAUCAAAGUUUAAAUCUUUCACCAUUUAUGACUCAAUCAAAUAAUCAUUCAAUUUAUGAUUUAUAUGCAGUAUUAGUACAUUUAGGUGGUAGUACAUCAUCAGGUCAUUAUUAUUGUUAUGUUAAAGGUUCAAAUGGUAUUUGGUAUAAUAUGGAUGAUUCAUCAGUAUCACAAGUUAGUUUAAAUACAGUUUUAUCACAAAAAGCAUAUAUGUUAUUUUAUUCAAAAAGAAAUAUUGAUCAAUCAAUUAAUACAAAUACAGUUUCAAUAAAUACUAUUGGUAAUAAAAGAAAAUUAGAUGAUGAAAAAUUAACUUCAAAAAUAACAACACCAACAACAACAACAACAACAAUAACAACAACACCAGAAAUAACAGCUGAUGAAAAACAAAAUAUAAAGAAACAAAAAAUUACUAAUAUAACUACUACAACUACUACAACAACAACAACAACAACAACAAAACCAAUUAAUAAUAAUAAUACAGUCACUUCUUCACCAAAGAUUGAGUCAACAAAAAAAGUAUCACCACAAAUAAAAUCAACAUCAUUAUCACAAUCACAAUCACCAUCACCAUCACCAAAGAUGAAAUCAAUUUCACUUGGAAAUGAUGAAAUAAUAGAUAAACAAACUUUAAAGAAUCAAACUAGUGAUGAUGAUGAAGAAGAUGAUGAUAGUUAUUCAGAUUCUGAUGAAUCAUCAUUAUCAGGUCCAUCAUCAGAAUCUGAUAAUGGUGGAAUUUCACCAUCUUUAAUAUCAACUAAUUUAUCACCAAAAUUAACUACACCUUCAACAAUUAUUAAUAUUCAUAAUCAAUCUAAAAAGGAUAAAAAGGAUGCUGAAAAAUUAGAAAAACAAAAACAAGAAAAUGAAAAUAAAACAACAACAACUAAACAACAACAAGAAGAAGGAUUAGAUUGGGAAAAAAUUAGAGUACCACAACAAUCAACAACUGAUGAUAAAAGGAAAUUAAAAUCAAUUAAUAAUUCAAAACAAAAUUUAGAAAAUUCAAAAAUUAAUCCAGAAAAUGGCCAUUUACCAUUUAAAGUUGGGUCUUGGGAUAUUGAAGAUAUUGGUAGUGAUUUUAAACAAGCUAGAAAGGAAUUAUUAGGUGAUGAGUUAUUAAAAGAAAUUAAACAUGAAAAGGAUGAACAUAAUAAACAUUUUGAUCUUGGUAGAGUUAAAAAAGUUAAAACUAAAAAACAUUUAUCUCAAGAUGAACCAAAUCAAUUCAAUAAAUUGGCUGCACAAUUAAAACAACGUAAAGAAAAUGAAUUAAAAUAUGGCAAUGAUAGAUCUUCAAAAUUCACAAAUAAAUCAAUAAAUAAACAACAACAAUCCACUACUAAUAAAAAUAGACCAAAGAAAUUCACUGGUUAA